AUGUCAAGAAUUCGCCAAGAAAUUCCGAGUGACACCAAGGAACUCGAGGAAUUGCAACAGUGGCAGAUUGGGUUAUCGGGAAAAAUUUCCUCGUCAAUUCCUAGACCGAACAAUGUGGCCAUCGACGUCUUAACCAAGGUCACCGCCGGCAGGCCACGCCACGCCCACACCAAUCGCGAUACAUAUCAGCACUCAUCAUCCAUGUUCAACUCGCGGGGAUAAUAUAUCGGGAAAGAGGGAGCAGCCGUCCUCGCCAUAACAAGGAUAUCCCCUGGUGAACCUCGAUAUAGACGGAGGCUGGGUUGAGAUGUCUGUUGUUCUUUGACCCAACCCGCCAUCUCUUCAUCUUCAACUGCCUCGAGCUCGGGAGAAGGAGGAAGAGUAGAUGCACUGCGCCAAUUAGUCCAUAUGAGCGGUUUCGGCACACCUCUAAGGAAGCAUCUCACUAUUUGUUAUCAUCCUCUACGUGGAAGCCUUCAUCAUCAGCACCAUCUGGCAACCACGUCGUCUCGGGAUCCGUUGUCUGCUGGGCAUAGGAUGUCUCCUCUAGCGCAGCGGGUUCAGCCUCUUGUGGGUUGAGACGGUUUGUUGUCGAAUAUCGACGAUUCUGUUCGUUAUAGUGUGGUUUGGCAGUUGCAUCGUUGUCCUCAGAACUUGUAACCGAAAUAGGUUUGGGCGACACGUCAAGCUCCAUCAACUCCAUCUCAUGUUUAAGCGGCAUGGCGAGAGUCAACAGCCUCUCGGUCGAGGACAAAUCAGCGAUCCGAGAGAACUAGCGGGAUUCGACGACAACACAGAGGAGCCGCCCUUUAGGGCAGGGUGUCGGAACGAAGUUGGUGGGAAGUCAGGUUGGGAAAAGAGUAUACACCAGGAUCAUUCGACUUUUCUCCGACGUUGUUCUGAAAACCCGAUCGCCGCGGAGUAGAGGAGGGGCAGUUUUCAUGAUGAGGAAGAAAGAAACGAGGAGCACAGGGGACCUUGAAGUAUAAACAACAAAUUCGAAGGUCAAGCGACGUUGAAAAGUUGGCCAGCACCGUUCCACGAACAACCCAUUGCUUCUCGGUUCAUCCAAAACAGACUGCUGCAAUAGAUAACCGAAUGAGAGGAGCAACAUGAUACCUGCCGCCCUGGUUGGUCCAGAGUACUAGCUGCUACCAGCACCUGCACAUGCCCGCCUACUCUUGGUGUCUCUUGACUAUAUUGGGCGACAUGCCUCAGUAUAUGGCGCUAUACGAAUAGGUUCAAGGGGGUUGUUUGGCGUCCAGUCGUUUGUUUCCGUCAUGCAUGCUCUGGGAUGCUUGGUCUCUCCCCACGAAUCAGCACCAAGGCCCGUACGAACGCGAUUAACAGUAAUGUUUUGAAUCAAGCUUGAAGGAAUAGUUCAGGAGGGCCUACAGGGCAGCG